CUAGCUUCUAAUAAGCUUAGCUUCUAAUGCCCGUAGCGAGGUGUUCCAGGUGGGAGCGCUCUGGAGAAGAAUUAGUGGCUACCAUUUGCUGUCGUCAAACGAAGCCGGUGAGGGCAAAGUGAGGCAACUGUGGUUGUUGGUUCGAGGACUGGUCAUGCCUUGGGCCACCGGCCCAUUUUCCGGCCACCCACAAGGCAGCGAGGCAGACUACACGCAAGCCACCCUCCUACCAGCAUUUCCCCACGUGUGAAGAAUUCGCUGGCUCGACCGAUGCGCGCCCUACUUCUUCCCGCCGCUUCCUCCACCUAUAAACACAACACGCAGCGACACAUUCGACCCAUGACUACGGGCCAGACAACCCCAGCUUUUCUUUUUUACCCCCCAACCCAGGCCUGGUCUUUUAUUCCUUGGCCGCUUCUUCGCCGCAGGCCGUACUUCCCAGCCUGCAGCCCAAUAGAAGGUCGGUCGCACCAAGCGCGCCCGGCCAGCAAUGCCGUCCCCUCAAAAGCCCCGAGGGGAACGGAGCCUCGGAGGUCUCAUCUUAUGGCUCCCUGCGUACAACAAAAUCAAGAGCGAGGAGCGUCCUACGAGUUAUGACGGUGCACAGCUCUCCAGGGCGGCGCAUAACCACCCGGUUGUCGUCCUGUCCUCAAAGCAGGACCAAGACGGAGUCGUGGUGGUGCUCCUGAUGACCACUUUCGGUGGGAAAACUUUGCAAGAGUACGCCGGCGAGAGAAGCUCGAUAUCACAUCGCGAAAAAUUAGCUUCGAAACAUAUUCCUAUACAUCCAUCGCCCACCCACGGGCCCCAUCAUAUCACACUUCAAGCAUGUGGAGGGUCCGACAGGCUAGCACGGAACAGUUACGUCAUCACCCAACCGCUGGUGAGAGUCAAGUUCACCGUGCUGGUGGAGUACGGCGACGUAAUCGGAGGCACAUGGGCCAAGAGGUUGGACACCAGCUCUCACCACCGGCUACUGAGGCACGCCCAGUUUAUGGAGCCUGUGGCAGGCAUGCAGGCUGUCCAAAGGUCUCUUGGCACUGCAUCGUCCACUGGGACAAGGGGAGUCCGUCGGGAGGAGGAGGCUAUCACACUGGGCCCUCCUGUGGCUUGGAAUCCUCUCGCCAAGGCUGCAGUGGUAAAGGCGGUGGGCAGAGUUGCCCCCAUCCAGCAGAGCUUCGAGUUCAGAGUCGAGAAUGGCUCCUCCUCCAACCUCUUCAGCCCAAGCCGCCCUCGCCAGCCCGAGGCCCCUCGCAACCACAGCGGGCCCAUCCACAGCGAUCGCCUUCUUAUCUCGGCUGCGGCCAGACAGGCACCCCUCAAUUUCGGACACCAUCACCACUACGGCAGCAUCGCCCCGCAGAGUUCGGAGCGGAGCCCGACAGCCUUACCCUCUAGUUGGGUCACUGUUGAUAUACCUGCCGCCCCCCUGGUCCCCGCCAGGAGGUCCACGCCAUCUGUGCAGGUCGAGCGAUAUCCAACCACCACAUUGCUGCCAACCUACUCACACCCCCCACGCAGCCAUCACCCCGACACCCAAGACCCGCGUUGCAAUGCUAUUUCAGUGGUGCUGCUCGUUGCAGUGUUGGUUCUGGUUACAUACGCUAAUUUCCCUGACUCCUAAGCCGCUGUAUCAACAACACAGAGCUGUACUGUUAGCCUACCAACUCGUCUGCAUGUUAUUUCAACCUUUGUAUAAGCAAAGGACCUCCUUCCUUCUUAUAAUUAGUUGUUGCCAGUUGUUUUUAAAUAAAGUUCCUUCGGAGCCGUUACUUGAA